UGUCAUUUGCAUUUAUGUAUGAUUAGGCUUAAUUAUGCGUCAAAUUAAAUUGUACUUAUAAUGUUUUUCACGAAAUUAAAGAUUGCUGGCUAACAAAUUCCUUCAUAUAUAUACACCUUCGGAACAGCAUUAUGAUUUCCUCUUCCUACUUUUUUUUUUUUUAAUUUUGCGAUUCCUCUUCCUACUUCUACAUACUUUCGAUAGCUACUAUACGUACACACAUGUCUGGCGUUGAAGCGUGAAUCUCCGGUUGAGUUGUCGAUUCGAUUCAAUCAUUUGAAGGUUAGUUCAUUAAUUAUAUUGGAUUAUAAGCCAACAAACAAUGCCUGAAGAUCAAUCCCCAAAUGUUGUAGUUGACAUGGAAUCGACUCCUUUCAUUCUCCAAGAAGAUAAAGUGAAGGAAAUCACGAGAAAGAAAGAUACAACGUUGCUGGAUAACGUUGGAGGGGUAGAAGGUGUAAUCGGGAUCCUCCGUACGGAUAAAGAAGAGGGCAUCCCUGGUGAUGAUGAUGAUCUCAAUCGUCGUAGAGAACGAUUCGGGUCUAAUUCCAUCACGUCUUCAAAACAUGACCUUCUCAAGGGUUUUUACCUCUGUGCAGUGAAAGCGGUUACGGACCCUCUAAUCAUAAUUCUUCUCGUUUACAGCGUUGUGUACAUAUGUUUUGGCAUAAAUGAACGCGGCAUAAAAUCGGUUUGGCCUGAACGGGGAACAAAACUCCUCGAGAUUGUUGCCGUGGUGAUCGUCUCAGCCGUGACAAACUUUUGGCCGAUUACUCAACUUCAUGAUGUUAGCUCGGCAGAAGAAGACCAUGUUUACUGCCCUCGGGUGGAUGUUGUGAGGAACCGCGGCCAAGCGAAAAAGAUCCCGGUUUCCGAGGUAGUUGUCGGAGAUAUUGUGUUCUUGAAACCUGGUGACCUAGUUCCAGCUGCGGGUCUCUUCAUAGAUGGACACUCAUUGAAGCUCAAGGAGUUAACCAACGCUACUAAUGAGGAAUCCGUCAAUCGCGCGGAAGUUGGGAAAAGAAGAAAGCGUGAGAAAGUCGGGCUGAAAAACCGGUUUUUGUCCUCAGGAACAAUGGUCGCCAGUGGCGCCGCCAGGAUGGUUGUGACGGCGAUGGAGGCCGAAAAGCCGAUGCAGCCACAACAAGAGGCUACUAUGAUGGGAGAACAUCAUGUUGAUGAGUUGCGAAAUCUGACCGCCAUUAUAGGUAGGUUUGGUAAGGGUUUCGCCCUGUUAACAUUUUUGUGGUUCUUAUUUCGCUUCGGUGUUGAGACUAAAUAUGUUGAUGAUGACGCGGUGCCGGCGCCGUCGCCAGCACCGGCCACCGCCAUUAAUGAUGUUCAAAAGGCGGAUAUUGUUGUGUUACUGACUGCCCUUUUAGGGAUGUUGGGGACUUCUGCCAUUAUUGCGUUAACUUCUGGUUUGGAGGGUUUAGUUUUGGCUGUCAAAUCCACUCUAGCCUAUUCCAUGAGGAGCUUGUUACAAAAGCAAGUUCUAAUAAAGAAGCCCUCCCUAUGCCAUCAAGUUGCAUCGGUAGAUACUAUAUGUUUCAACAAAACAGAAACCCUAACCUCUGACACCUUUGAGGUAAUUACAGUUGCUCAAUUCUUUUGUGUCUCAUUUAACUAAUUAAGGUGGAAAUAUUUGUUCCCAUUUCGCAUACUAGCUAGUAUAAAAAUAUCACGAUGAUUUUACACAUAUGUUGAUUUAGUGACAUUUAUCUAGUCUACUAUAUGGAGUCUCACUGUCUGAUCCAAAUGUACUAUUGAUGUGGAUCGGCAAAUUUGUAACACUUCUCCCUCCAUUCCAAAAUUUUUAGCCAAAACAGAACAUGACUUUUAUCUUAGGUUGUUAGUUACUUGCUUGUAUAUGUACUUGGUUGAAAAGUUUUUUAUUUUCCUUGUUCUCUUCCUUACUUAAGUUAAUAUAUAGUUAAUUAGCCUUUUAAGGGCCUCACAGGGCCUUAUUUUUAAAUCGGCACUACUAUUCAAAAUCAAUUAAGAA